AUGAGGAAGGAACAAACAUGCUCAGUGGAAGCUGAGCACCUUGCAACUUUCUGCAAUUGCAAAGACCCCAGCAUUUUGAAUGUCUUCAUUCACAAAAACACCCUUAACUUGUAUUCUAUGUCUGCUGAUGAUCUGCUGCCUGUUCUGCUUUAUCUACUGGUCAAAACUGAAAUUCCUAACUGGAUGGCCAAUCUCAGUUAUAUCAAAAAUUUUAGAUUUUGCAGUGCAGUCAAGGACGAGCUGGGAUAUUGUCUAACUUCCUUUGAAGCUGCAGUAGAGUACAUUCAUCAGGGCAACUUGACUCUUGGUCAACCUGGAUCAGGAGACCUAGAUGAUAAAGUCUUUUUUAGAGAGAGGAUGAAUUUGCUGUCUCAGUUGUCCGCAACUCCAAUUGAUUUCUUGUUUGAGCAUAUUGCAGCUGGUAAUCAAGCAGAUGUGGAAGCAUUGUUAAGUCAAGGUGAAGCUGACGAAGACAGUGUUCAAAAGAUGUGCCAUCCCCUCUGUUUCUGUGAUAGCUGCGAAAAACUUGUAUCAGGACGAUUGAAUGACCCAUCUAUUGUCACACCAUGCUCUAGAGACGACCGGGGUUAUACACCAUUGCAUGUAGCUGCUUUCUGUGGCCAAGCAGCAUUAAUUGACCUAUUGGUUGAAAAAGGAAGUGCAGUUAAUGCUACAGACUAUCAUGGGUCCACCCCACUUCACCUAUGCUGUCAGAAAGGGUAUCAAAAUGUGACUUUGCUUCUUCUGGAUUACAAGGCUAGCACUGAAGCUCAAGAUAAUAAUGGCAAUACUCCACUUCAUUUGGCUUGCAUGCAUGGUCAUGAAGAUUGUGUCAAAGCACUGGUGUAUUACCAUUUAAAUACCUGCAAAUUAAACAUGACAAAUGACAAAGGUGAUACACCUCUCCACAUUGCUGCACGAUGGGGUUAUGAUGGCAUCAUUCAAGUGUUGCUGGAGAAUGGUGCUAGUAAUGAAAUUCCGAACAAAAUGAAAGAAACACCUUUGCAAUGUGCACUCAAUUCUAAGAUAUUAGAUUUGCUGGAAAUUACCUAUUUUGACCAUGACCGGCGACAGAGCAUGCCAGAGUCGAAUGGUAGAUCCACUCAGCCUUCCACUGAUGCUGGUAGUCAGAAAUCAUUUCUGUCAACGGUCUCCACUGUAUCAGUUGAAAUGAAGCCUGAAGAAGAUAAAGUCAAAUACAAAGAGGUGGAAAAAUUAUUGCGUGCUGUCGCUGAUGGAGAUGUAGAAAUGGUUCGAUAUUUGUUAGAAUGGAUGGACGAAGAUCCAGAGGAAGAGGAAGGCCUUAUGUUGAAAUCAGAAUUCUGUCAUCCUUUGUGUCAAUGUCCAAAGUGUGAACCGGCACAAAAGAAACUUUCCAGUGUUACUGUCAAUGGUCUGAGUGUGAAUUCUGCCAAUCAAGAUGGUUUUACUCCGUUACAUGUGGCUUCUCUGCAUGGGCACUUUGACCUGGUCUCACUUCUACUGCGCCAUGGUGCCAAUGCCAAUACAAAAAAUUCCCAUAAUGCAACACCACUUCACCUGGCUUGCCAACACAAUGACCUCCAGAUAGUUCAAUACUUGCUGAAUUAUAAUGCAAAAUUAAAUAAGAAAGAUGUAUAUGGUAAUACAUCAUUGCUCCAUGCCUGCCUUCAAGGACAUCUGGAAAUUGCUGAGUUGUUGCUGGAGCAUGGUGCCAAUGUUAAUCUUGCCAACAACCAAGGAAAUACUGCUCUGCAUGAGGCUGUAAAGGGAAAACAUGGAGCGCUGGUGAAUCUACUUUUGUGCAACGGAGCAUCGGUCAAUUUACGAAAUAAGCAGCAGUGCACUCCAGUUGAUUGUGCUGAGGAGGUCUGUGGGAAGAAUGUAGAGAUUCUGAAAAUUCUGGAAACAGCAUCUGCUCAGGUAACCGAAGAAGAUGGAGUAUUCAGACUAACUGCUGCCCGGAAGAUAAAGUCAGCUGAUGUCAGAAAGAAAUCUGAUGCAUUUGUUACGAAGCCAGAUGAAGUUAAUGAAAUCAUUGAUAAAAAAAGGAUCCAGCUUGUGCAAUCCAUUCAGAAAUUUAACAGAUCUGAGAAUUUAAAGAAGACUGUUACAAGAGAUAAAAGCAGCCCUGAAUUUGAUGAACUCCUAAUCCAUCAGUUGGCAAUCAAGACUUUUGACAAAAGAAAAUUGAAGCAAACUGAAACAAAGGAUCACAGUGCAGCAUUGUUUCUUAAUUAUGCCAUUGACCUUGAAACUGAGAAAGAAAAGCUAAUUGCAGCAAACCAUACAGAGACUAAUUAUCAAAACAAGAGAGAUACAGGUUUUAUUAAAUCUUUACCCAGUAAAUUGAAUGAUGUAAAUGGAAACACCGAAUUUGUGGGAAUGUGUGGAGAACUUUGUAAUCAUUCACAAGAUUCACCAGAUUUUGAGACAGUUAAUGUUGCAAAAGUAGGCAACCACAAAGAUAUUGGUGAAUUAUGAACCAAAAACUGUUCAUAAAGGAGCUGCUAAUAUAAAUGCCUCCAGGUAGGUACCCCACAUAAUGUACGCACACAUGAAAGGACUGCAAUGCUCACUACCUACUUCGGCUGGAAAACUGAUCUACUAAAACUGAAACCUUGGAUAAAAAUUGUCACUAAGUAUGAAGUUCACUUCCACUGUGCAGUCACAAAGGAGAAAGCACUUAACUCUAUGGAUAAAUGUAUUGCAGUAGCAAUAUUUUACUUUGCACAUAUAUAGGGAAAUGGAGCUUUGUCCAUGAGCUACUGUGUAGUAUUCCAUUAGACAUGCAUCUGUAUUUUUGUGUGUAUAUAUUUAAAAAAAUCACUCUUGAUUAUUGGCAGUAAUUUUAACAUUAAAACAUCAAAAAUGUAUUUUUUUAAACUCCUGCCAAUUCCUAUUGAGCACAAAUAAAGUUUGUUUCUGUUGGUGUCUGUAUUUUUCUAGGACUUUCUAUAACAAUGUGUGCCUUAUUUAAUUUUAUAAAUGUGCAAUGUUACUAUUCAUAUAAACAAAUUAUUCAAAAAUAAACAUUUUUG